AUGGUUGGUUUACACUUUCCAGAGAUUGUUAACUUGCCAGGUUCAUUAGCUAGAAGGAAUCAGUGUUUGGUUGUAGGGUCUGCUCUUUACUCAAUUGCGGUGCAUAUAUCACAGUAUCAACAGGCACAGAUAAUAGUCACAAUUGGACUUGAGAAAGAAGUGAUAUUGCCAGCAGGAACUACAGUAGGGAUGGUCAUGCCAGCAGGAGCUUCUUUGGAUGAGAUCCGGACUGGAAGAGAGGUAACAGAGGAUAAUGUGGAGGUGAUGAGGUAUCUGGAAAGCGUAGUAGAGUACUCAGAGGCACGUCAGAUACCAUCAGUCACAUCUGGACCGAUCCUAUUGCCAACAGUGACACAACCUCAGGCACAAGAAAAACAAGACCUUGUAAAGAAAGCCAUGAAAGAAAAGUACGAUAUAACCCACAAGGCCAAGGCAAAACCUUUUCGAAUAUGGGACAAAGUGCUAGUCAGGUAUUACAGCAGACAACCUAUGAGCACCAAUUUAAGACCAAUCUGGCUGAGACCUUACAGAGUGGCAGAAAUAUUAAGACGUAAUGUCUAUGUAGUUGUAGACGGGAAGUUAAGAAUACCAGCACGGAUGAACUGGAACAUAAGCGCCAUCGAGAGAACAUCACUGAUGUUGGGCCCUUGUGAUGUUGUCCGGGUCGGCCAACCAUUCAGUUCGAUCUGGGCUGAAGGUCGUGCCCAAGAAUCUCCAAUAAUCACAUUAAAGAAGAUAGUACUACCAUAA